CUGUGCUGCAGUGCAUCACUCCCUCCCUUCCUCCCUCCUUCCGUCUCUCACAUCUGGAUAUCUGCUCUCAUCACUGGCUCGGACGCGCCUCCAGGAGAAAGACGCUGCCGCCGUGUGCGUCCUCCCGCUAACAAGAAGAAGAAGAAGAAGCUGGUGGAAACCGUCCACCUCUGACCCGUCAACAAGUCCUCGCAGGGAUCGUGUUCUGGAGGCGGGUUCCGGUAAAGGGUUCUGCUGGGAUUCAUGUGCCGGAAUGCACCGAGGAACGGCGCGCUCUCACCGCCUCCAGAGACGCACGGGAGGCGGCUGUAACCCCCACUGAGCUCCGGACAUGUAGCCGUGGAUGUUUGGAAAGCAGGGAAGCAACAACACUGACUGACUGACUGACUGAUGAGGCAAUAACAGGACUCAAGUGUCAUUUCUUCCAAAGCCAAAGAGACUCCGCUCUGCUUCCACUUUGUGCUCAGAGGAAACUCGUCUGACUUGGUCUUCCCUCACAUCACAUCCACAUAUCAGUCUUCCAGCAGCUGCACAGCCAGGAGGGCGCGCCGGCCUGGAUAAAUAGUUGAACAAAGGCUCCUUUUUGGAGGCCGAAACCUGAGAGCAGGACUGAUUCCUCCCUCUGGUAACCCUACACUGCCACGACUGGUUUAGAUACUGGGAGGUUUCUGGCUGUACAGGUGGAUCAGAAGUGUGAGCUGGAAACUACACAAGAACAAGAACAAGAAGAAGAAGAAGGAGAGAAGGACCACACCCAGCAGCAUCAGGACAGUCUCCUCCUCCUCCCAGACUUUGAAUCCUGCUCAGGACGUGAGGCCUGACAGAGCUCUGAGGUGUUGGAUCUGCCUGUUUGUGUGUCUGUUUGUGUCUGUCUGUUCGUCCAGACCCUCCAUGAUGUCUGCAGGACGACACCUGCUGCCUCUGGCCCUGCUGCUGGCCCUUCAAGCGACUCUGUGCCGUGGAGCCUGUGUGGAGGUGGACUCGGACACGGAGGCCGAGGCCGACAAAGGCUUCAAGCUGGGCUGCAUUUCCUGCAAGAUGAGAGGCGAAGUUCCCGCCGUGGCCUCCGUCAACUGGUACUUCAUGGCUUCAGAUGAGACCGAAUUUUCACAUAUAUACAGCUAUGAAGACAUAGAUGCAGGGUAUGUCCAUGACCCUCGGUUCGACGGGCGUCUGCACUGGAACGGGAGCAAGAAAACCAAGGACCUGCAGGAUGGCUCCAUCUUCAUCGUAAACGUGACCUACAACGACACGGGAACCUACUACUGCAAGUUCAGCCGGCUCCUUAUGUACCCCAGCUACGAGGUCGUAACCACCCCCAACAAGACGAUCUACAUGAACGUGGUGCCACGAAUCACCAGGGGGAUGGCGUCCAUCUUGUCAGAGGUCAUGAUGUACGUCUCCAUCAUCGGGCUGCAGUUAUGGCUGGUUGUUGAGAUGAUCUACUGCUACAGGAAGAUUUCAGCGGCCGGAGAAGAAGCUCUGAGAGAGAGCGCGGCCGAGUAUUUAGCUAUAGCGUCGGAAAGUAAAGAUAAUUGUGCAGGUGUGCAAGUGGCAGAAUAGCACUGGUCAAGGAAGAGUUCAAGGCGGCUUCUUUGAGGAGUUCCAGUCCCACUUUAGCACCGUCUCUCACCUCCAACCAUCCUCUCCAUGAGAUGGAAACAUGAAGCCCACAGAGCAGGAAGAUGUUUCUGUUCAGGAUGUAGAGGACUGAGCUGCAGCUCGCUGAGUGAGGUCAAACAGGACACGGGUGGGGAAGAGUUGGACUGUACAUAGCUGUAUACGUCUGCACAGAUAAUCUUUGAACAUAUGUAGAGUAUAUUAGAGGCUGUAUAUUCAAUAUUUGCAUGCUAAACAAAGCACGCUUCUGUCAUGUUUUUGUCAUAUUUCAUUACACACCAUGCACUGGCAUCAGAAGUCCUGUGUUCCCUCUGUGGGUUUGGUGCAAAUUAAAACAGUUUUCGUAAUAAUCAAAAGAUCAGUACUAACAGCUAAAUACCCACUGCUUAUUUGUUGAUGUAAUGUAAUGCAAAAACCUGCAGAGGAAACACAGCAGCCAAAAUGCUCGUUCUGAUAUUUGAUGCUUCAUUACGAUCUGCUUUAAUGCUAAAAAAAAAAUAAUCAGCAUUUAGAUUUUUUUCUGCCGAUUGUCAUUCAAGUCAGUGUGAAAGAGGCUCAAAUCGACUCACAAUCAGAGGAAAAACAAAUGUCAGGUUCAUGUCACAGCCAACUCCUUAAAAUCAUCCACAUGUUUAUCGACCUGAUGAAACAACCGAAAGAAUCAGAGAGCAGAUUUUAAUCCAGGACGUAAUAAUGAGGUAUCACUAAAGCUUCUGCAUUUAUAUCAUUGGCUCAGCAUGAAUCUUUACACAUCUGGAGGAUUUCAGCAGCACUCAGGUGAAGGGAGGUGCACUAGAUAGCUACAGUAAGAUAUGAAAGUUAACCCUCUGAAUCCCAAAAUGCAUGUAAAAAAGGCAUAAAAACCGAUCCGUAUGAUAGAGUUAGAAACCUUAUAAGCUGUCAUAUUUCUACAUUUCUGACCACUGUUGCACUACUUAUCUGUGACAUGCAUUUCUGUCAAUAUAUUAACCAAAUCUAAGCUUAAAAUUUUAUUUUACUGAUAUGUCUCAUUUAAACACUUGCUAAUAAUAAAUCAUUGACUCUAACCAUCUUCUGUAAAAACAAAAAACAAAAAACAAAACACAAGUCUGAAAGCUGUUAGGGACUCAACUGUGACGUCAGAAAAAAUUCAGGGACUUUUCCACUGAACUGCAGGCUGUGUUUACACAAAGCAAAGGAACAAAUUAAACAUUAACUCGUUAAAUAUCUAUAGUAUGUGGAACCUCCAUUUUUCAAGCGUUGGUAACAUCUGUGAACUUUUGGAAAAAUGGACAUUUUUAAAAAUAAUUUUUGUAAAACAAGAAACUUUUUUUAAAGGAUUUGUCUCCAACUGUUUCAGAUUAAAGUGGAAAAUGACCACGAAACAACACGGUAUGACCACAAAGAGAAACGACUACAAGGAGAUAAAACACCCCACGAACAGAUGCAAAACUACCACAAAAAAACACAAGGAGACACAACCACAAAGCGACACAUUAUGACCACAAAGAGGUACAAAUCCAUAGAGCAAAAUCCACAAAGGUGCAAAAUAACCAAAUCAACAUGCAGCAAUCACAAGGAGACAAAAAACUACCCACAAAAAGACGCAAAACAACCACAAAAGUGUGCACAACAACCACAAAAAGACACAUCAUGAACACAAUGAUGUACAAAAAACCUUCACAAAAUGACCAAAAAGAUUCAAAACUAUCAUAAAAAGAAACACAAUGACCAUGAAUGGACGCCCAACAUCCGUAAGGAGACAAGAGAAACACAAACAGAUGCAACACUAUCCCAAAAAGACAACAUGACCACAGACAAAUGUAAAAAAAAACACACAAAACCACCAUAAGGCGACACACUAUGACCACAGAGGUACAAAAAAAAUCCUACAAAAUGGUCACACAGGAAGAAGGAAGAAACCCCCCACAAAGAGAUGCAAAACAGACAUAUUAGGACCACAAAAAGGUGCAAAACAACCAUGAGGCGAUACACUACGACUACGCAAAGGAACAAGAAAACCCCACAAAAUGACCAAAGAGAUGCAAAACAAUCACAAAGAGACAAAUACGACCACAAAGGAAAACACAAUGACCAUAAACAGAUGCAUGUCGACAAGGAGGCACGUAAAAACCUCAAAUAGGUGCAACACAAUCUCAAAUAGGUGCAACACAAUCUCAAAUAGGUGCAACACAAUCUCAAAAAGACCCAAAAUGACCACAAAAAGACGCACACUGACCACAAACAGAUGCAAAACAACCAUAAAAGGAAACAAAAUGACCACAAACAGAUGUAAAACAACCAUAAAAGGACACAAAAUGACCACAAAAAGACAUACAAUGACUGCCAACACAAGCAAAAUAACCAUAAAAAGACACAAUAUGACCACAAAAUGACCACAAGGACAUUUCUUAGUUCUCUCUUCUUCUAGUCAUGGUUGCAAUGUCUUCAUAAAAGUGCAGGACUUUUAUUAAAUGAGGAAAAAUGAGACAGAACAAAAGCACAAAACUUGCCACAAAAACUGAUGCUUGGAGUUCAGAGGGUUAAAGCUAAAUUUUGAGCCGUUUCUGUGUUUUCCUAGCCUAGCUGCGCUAGACAACCCACGGCAACGAAUUUAAUUCUCUACCAGGGUGGGUCUAGUUACCCUCCAUAAGGCUCGAGGCUGGAUGCUCCUAAAACUGGCCGGACCAAUCACCAUGAAGUGUAGAGUCAGAAGGCGGGCGUAACUAAGUGACGACAGAAACAACCGACGCACAAUAAACAGUUAUCUUUCGACUCGGCUUUGGCCACAGCCCUUAAAGAUCUGAAGCUAAAAUUAAACUUGAAAGAUAAACAAAGGACGGCACUGAAGUGUUUCAUUGAGAAGAAAGACGUAUUUGGACUUAUGCCGACGGGAUAUGGCAAAUCCUUAAUAUACCAGUUGGCUCCGCUGGUUGGGAAGCUAAUGGGACUUAGCUACAAUCCGGCGCUCUAGGAACUACGUCAGCCUAUUCCUUGCACUGAUUGGUUAUAUACCUACCCAAUUGCUGCAGAGUGAUUUGAAAGACAACCUUUUAGCCCGCCUCCCUCCCUGUCGAGCAUUCCUAGACCCUUGUGUCUUAAGAGCUGGGUCUAGCGCGGCUAGGCUAGUGUUUUCCUUCAUCCUGAGAGCUCAUGAAACCAUCGAGGUCAGAUGAAGGUUUUGGCCGCUGCACUGUCUGAACUGCUCCACACAGGAGACUCAUUCUAAUUAGAGCUUCAGAGGCCUCAGUGCUGAGAAACAAAACAGCGUCGUGGAAACAUUUCCACCAACACACAUGUUCACAUCUUAGUGUCUUCACAGAAACUUAAGGGCUAUUAUUAGCUAUUCUCUAACUGCCGUGGGCAAACGUACCACAAACCUGUCCGGUGUGCCUCCCCAAGUGGAAACCGAAACGGAAAAGGAGCAGAUCUUUAAAAAAACAAAAACAGAAAAAGCAGCUGUACUUGCUUCUUUUUCCACUACACCAGAUGGCAGCUGAACACUGCCGUCUAGCAUCGUUACUGCUCGUCUCUUUUGUACGAGUUUGAUGCACUUUGAGGUGAGAAACCGUCAAACACAAGCCAAUACAGAAUAACAGCAGGUUUUCUGACGACUCUUUUUUCAGUACAAACAGAAAAGUUAAACAUGUGUAAAAGAAAAGAUUUUUAAAAAGUUCACACACUGCUUCCUGAGAGUUUUACAUCCUCCAAAUAGUUGUUUUUCCUGCACCGGUGGACCAAAAGCUAGCCCUGGCCCCACAUGUUUUCUUUCAGCGACAAGUAAAACUGCCGUUUUCAUCUCAUGUGUAGGUGUGGAAAUGUUGCUUGCCAAAACAAAGUAACGCAAUACACAGAAACAAAUAAAGUUCUACUGAGAAAA